AAGUCGCUUGGGGGAGAGGAAAGCCGUGAACGGAAGCGGAAGCGGUCCUGUCCUCCUAGUCCUCGGUCUCGGGUUCCAUUCCCCGCUGCUCCCCGCCUCCUGCCCGGCGCCAUGAGUGGCAGUGGCGCGGACCCCGAAGUGGUCCCGGCCCCUGUCCCUGCUCCGCCGGGUCCGGCCCCUACUCCCACCCCGACCCCUGCUCCUGCCCAGACUCCAGCACCGGCGCCAGCUCCCGCCCCAGCCGAGAGCAAGGCCAGCCCUGCGGGAGGCGCCGGCCCCGGCCCUGGCCGGGGGGACACGUCCGACCGCCGGGCCUCGGUCCCAGUAUCUGCAGCUGGGGGUACUGCCCCCCCUGAAGGUGCCAUGUCUAAUGGGGUAUAUGUGCUACCUGGGGCUGCCAAUGGAGAGGUCAAGCCUGUUGUGUCUAGUACACCCCUGGUGGACUUCCUCAUGCAACUGGAAGACUACACACCCACAAUUCCAGAUGCUGUUACUGGCUACUAUCUGAACCGUGCUGGUUUUGAAGCCUCUGAUCCCAGAAUUGUCCGGCUCAUCUCCCUGGCAGCCCAGAAGUUCAUCUCUGACAUUGCCAAUGAUGCCCUACAGCACUGCAAGAUGAAGGGCACUGCCUCAGGCAGCUCCAGGAGCAAGAGCAAAGACCGAAAGUAUACCUUGACCAUGGAAGACCUGACGCCUGCACUCAGCGAAUAUGGCAUUAAUGUCAAGAAGCCACAUUAUUUCACCUAAGUUCACCUCUUCCCCCCCGGCUGGCCGGGGUGUGUGUGGGAUGGGCACAAUCAUAUCAAACUUGGGCCUCUUGGCUGGGUCCUCAUUCAUGCAGAUCUUCAUGAGUUUACACACAUGUGGGGAGAUACCUGGAGGAAUGGUGGGUCGAAGGCCUUCCAGGGCAACCUACAACAAGCAAGAAUCCCCAGAUUCAGGACCUCUCUGUGUCCCAUAAAUCUGCUUCUACUUGCCCCUCCGUCCCAACAUGUCCCCUGCAUCCUCCAGACCUUCAUGCCAAUUUCCAUGUUGGAGAGGUCAGCAAAUGGUACCUCCCUUGUCACUAGUUCCCACAACAGCACCGCGAAGCUCCACAUGUCUGCAGAACGACGAUUAAUCUCUUCUGGCUUCUUCUGCAGGGCUGGGUCAAGGGAGAGGAUUGGUAUAAGAACCCUGAUUCUUUACCUGGCCCCUACCUCCCCACUACUAAGUCUAUUGUCUGCCUUCAUUUCCCCCCUACCCUCAGGAGCCACCCAGGCAGGGGCAUACAUGCGCCCUGGACACUGGAAGGAGAAUUUCACGUCAGCCAUGCUGAUACGGGCAGUCAUAUCCUCGUCGAUCUGAGGGAAAAGACAAAGGCUGUAGUGGGGAAUCUGUGCUCAAGUGACAGUUGGCUUAGACCUCCCCAUUACAUUGUAGCCUUGAGCCUCACCAUGACACUUCUGCUGUUAAGGGCGUGCCGGGGUAUAAGAGGCUCCAGUGUGUGCAGGAAGGCCAUGCCCCGUGCCAUGUCCAGAGCAAACUUGACAGCUUGAGUCUGGUCAACAACAAAAUCUGGGAGUAAAGUUCAGAGAAGGGAGGAGUUACCCCAAAUCUAAUCCCCAAAGCCCCUUUGCCUCAGACCAGACAGCUGGCUUCAGGCUCCUGUUCUUGCUCCCACCCUCUCCUGUCCACAACUCUAAUCCCAGCCUUUUCUGGGCACAAUGACAACUCACUGGUCCCUUCAUGAAGUACGUUGUAGAGGGAGCCAUAAGGCAUCCAGUGGGUGAUGAGAAUGGGGUGGGGGGCAGGGGGUGCCUGACAGGCUCCCAACACAGGCAGUACGUUGGGGUGUGAGAAAAUCCUGCAAAGACAAGACAAUGAACAUGUUGCUGUCCCUUCAAUAACCCCCCCACUCCACCCAUGUACCCAAUUCCCCCACCUCAGUUUGGGAUACUCCUCAUUAAAGUCUCUGCUCUUCCUUGUACUCCA